AUGACGAGCCACAAGGAGCAGGACAUCCAGAUGAUGCUCGCGGCGGGCUGCCACCUGGGCACCAAGAACUGCGACUACCAGAUGGAGCGCUACGUGUUCCGCCGCCGGGCGGACGGCAUCUUCAUCAUCAACCUGGAGAAGACCUGGAACAAGCUGCAGCUGGCGGCGCGGAUAAUCGUGGCGAUUGAGAACCCCCAGGACGUGAUCGCCGCCACCGCGCGGCCGUUCGGGCAGCGCGCGGUGCUCAAGUUCAGCCAGUACACGGGCUGCAAGUGCCAGGCGGGCCGCCACACGCCGGGAUCCUACACCAACCAGCUGCAGAAGCGCUUCGAGGAGCCGCGCCUGCUGAUCCUCUGCGAUCCGCGCACCGACCACCAGCCCAUCCGCGAGGCCAGCUACGUCAACAUCCCCACCAUCGCCUUCUGCGACACGGACUCCCCCCUGCGCUUCGUGGACGUCGCCAUACCCGCCAACAACAAGGGCAAGCACGCCAUCGGCGUGCUGUACUACAUACUGGCGCGAAUGGUGCUCCAGAUGCGCGGCACGCUGCCCCCGGACCAGGGCUGGGACGUCAUGGUCGACCUGUUCUUCUACCGCGAGCCCGAAGAAAAGGAGGAGGCCGAGGAGGGGGGCUUCGGCGGCCCGGGCGCGGACGGCUGGGGCGCCCAGCCCGCUGCCGCCGUGGCGCCGGCCAACAACUGGGGCGGCCAGGCGGCGGGCACGGAGUGGACCACCGGCGAUCAGUGGUCCACGCCUGCCGCCGGUGGGGCGGAUGCCGGAUGGACACCGGCGGCGCCACCAGCCGGGGACCAAUGGGGAGCCCCAGCCGCUGAUGCGCAACCUGCGGCCGCUCCCGCGGCCGGCUUCGGCGCUGUUCCUCCGCCCGCGGCCGAGGCGGGCGACUGGAGCACCCCCCCGGCGACAGCGGCAACGGGGGGGGAUGCAAGCUGGGGCGCGCCGCCGGCGGCCGGCGGAGGGUGGCAGCCCGCCAGGGCCGAGGAGUGGGGCGCCGCGGCGCCACCGGGGGGCGGCGCCGGCGGGUGGGAGCAGGCGCAGCCGCCGGCCGGCCAGGGCGGGCAGUGGAACCAGGGCGGCCAGGGCUGGGGCGGAUCCGGCUACUGA